GAAACAGAGGGGAACAUCUCAAUUUUGUGCUUGGGGGAAAAGUAGAAGCCUGUGUCGAUGCUUCUUCCGAACAUCCCAAAAUCUUCAGCAAGGAUUGGAACAGUCUCCCGCCACCCCUGCUGAACCAGGAAGGAAGCUGAGGGAAGAAUCCAGAUCGAGAAGCAGCAAUCAAGGCUGGCAUCGAUCCCAGUUUCUCCUUUGAGAUUCAGCAGAAGAUCCUGAUGGAGGAGAAUAAUGCCCAGAGAGAGGAGCCCAAGGAGGACAGAGCUGGUGACGGGCAACAUGUCGUGAGAUCUCCCUUCACUUCAUCCUCAGAGAUUCCAACAAGAUUAUGGCAGAGCAGAGCCACAUGCAAAAGCAGCUGGAUUUACAGAAUGGUAGCUUAGAGGCAGGCUUUGUGGCGAAUUCCCUCGAAAACGAUUCCCAAAACAUGAUGGAGAGCCUGAGCCCGAAGAAAUAUUCUUCCAGUCUGAGAUUUAAAACCAAUGGAGACUAUUCUGGUUCCUAUUUAACCCUCUCACAACCUGUGCCUGCUAAAAGAAGCCCUUCUCCUUUGGGAACCAGUGUCAGAAGUAGCCCCUCCUUGGCCAAAAUCCAGGGAACCAAGCAGUUCUCUUGCGAUGGAAAUGACAAAAAUAUUUCCGUGAAACCUCCCACCCCUUUACGCAGCACUUCACCCUCCCUUAGUGGAUAUCCACUUGGGAGAGCAGACUUUGAUCAUUUUACAGGCCGGGACACUGAAAGGUCCUUGAGGCUUUCAGAGAAGCCUCCCUAUUCCAAAUAUAGCUCAAGGAAUAAAUCCCAUGACAAUGUCUACUUUCUGGGAGGGCUGGAAGGCCGAAAAGCAUCUGGCUCACUCCUGACCAUGUGGAAUGGAAGUUCCCUGAGUGAUACUGGCUCCUUGCCCAUCGGUAGGUCAGGGGCAGCCAGCAUGCCUUCAAGCCCAAAGCAAGCCAGGAAAAUAAGCAUCCAGGACAACCUGACACUUCAGCCCAAGUUGACCAGACACAAGGAUCUGGCAUCUGAAAACAUCAGUUUAAGAACUAGGAAGUACUCGAGCAGCAGCCUGAGUCACAUGGGCGCCUAUAGCCGAUCUCUCCCCAGGUUGCACAGAGCCACAGAGAAUCAGCUGGCACCUCUCAGUGUGCCUCCAAGAAGCUCUCUGGGCAAUUCCAAACGAAUGAAACUGGGGGAAAAGGAUCUACCUCAUAGCAUCACAGACAAUGACAAUUACCUGAAUUUUUCUUCUUUGAGCUCAGGAGCUUUACCCUAUAAAACCUCUGCCUCUGAGGGCAACCCUUACGUGAGUUCCACCCUCAGCGUCCCUGCCAGUCCUCGAGUGGCUCGGAAGAUGCUUCUGGCCUCCACCUCCUCCUGUACCUCUGAUGACCUUGAUAGGGCUUCCUACUUGGGGACCAGCCCAGGUCAUUCAUUCCCUCCCGGAGAGCUGGACAGAGCGUUUGCGGCCAGGAGGAACUUCUCGUGUGGGUCUGUUGAGUUUGAUGAUGCAGAUCCGGACAGCCUCAGACAGGCCUCAGGAACCCCCCAGCCUGUCCUUCGGGAACGGAAAAGCAGCAUUAGCUCCAUUUCAGGACGAGACGACCUGAUGGAUUAUCACCGGCGGCAGAGGGAGGAGAGACUCAGGGAGCAGGAGAUGGAGCGAUUGGAGAGACAGCGUCUGGAGACCAUCCUCAGUCUCUGUGCCGAGUACACAAAGCCUGACAGUCACGUGUCCACUGGCACCACCGUGGCAGAUGUACAGAAAAUCAAUAAGGAACUGGAGAAGCUGCAGCUCUCUGACGAGGAGUCCGUGUUUGAAGAAGCCCUGGUGAGCCCUGACACCAGAUACAGGUGCCACCAGAAAAGCUCUCUCCAGGAUGCAGACCUGGCAGGCUUCGGGAGCCUCAGUCAGAGUAGCGCCAGCUUCCUUUCCCUCAGGAGCUCCAGGAAUGAUGAACUGAUCAGGGACCUCACCAGGACUCCCCCACCGCCCUCCUCUGCCUUUCUGAAAGCUUCCAGCGAGUCCACUUAUCUAAGUAUCCUACCAAAGACCCCAGAGGGUAUAAGUGAAGAACAAAGGAUUCAGGAGUUGACUGCGAUGGAAGAGUCCCGGAUAGCAAUUCUGAACAACCUCGAGGAACUUGAACAAAAAAUCAAAGAUAUAAAUGACCAGAUGGAGGAAUCUUCCAGAGAGUUGGAUAUGGAAUGUGCUCUCCUGGAUGGAGAACAAAAAUCAGAAACAACUGAACUUAUGAAAGAGAAGGAGAUUUUGGAUCAUCUAAACCGGAAAAUAGCAGAACUGGAAAAGAACAUUGUUGGUGAAAAGACCAAGGAGAAGGUAAAGCUUGAUGCUGAAAGGGAAAAACUAGAGAGGCUUCAGGAGCUUUACUCCGAGCAGAAGACCCAGCUGGACAAUUGUCCUGAGUCCAUGAGGGAACAGUUGCAACAACAACUGAAGAGGGAUGCUGAUCUGUUGGAUGUGGAGAGCAAACACUUUGAAGACCUGGAAUUCCAGCAGCUUGAGCGUGAGAGCCGUCUAGAUGAGGAAAAGGAGAACCUGACCCAGCAGCUCCUGCGUGAAGUGGCUGAAUAUCAACGAAACAUUGUUACUAGAAAGGAAAAAAUUUCUGCAUUGAAAAAGCAAGCUAAUCACAUUGUCCAGCAGGCUCAGAGAGAACAAGAUCAUUUUGUGAAAGAAAAGAAUAACUUAAUAAUGAUGUUGCAGAGAGAAAAGGAAAAUCUUUGUAAUUUGGAAAAGAAAUACUCCAGCCUCUCUGGGGGCAAAGGGUUUCCUGUCAACCCCAAUACUCUAAAAGAGGGCUAUAUCAUUGUAAAUGAAAUUAAUGAGCCAUGUGGCAAUUCCACGAAUCUCUCCCCUUCCACUCAGUUCCCUGCUGAUGCUGAUGCUGUUGCCACUGGGCCUACCACAGCUGUGCUGGUGAGCCAGCCACAAAAUAAAGAGCAAAGAGCACCUGUCUGUUCUGGAUUUAUGUUUCCUUCCACCCUUUCUCCUCAUCCUAUCACUCAACCUCCAUCGGCCCCUUGGCCUGAAGUCGUGGCUACAUCUGUCGAUUCUUUUCCUUUAAAUGACACACCACCUCCUCUACCAGCUAAGAAACACAGAAGGCAGCAGCAGCAGGACCAGCAGCAUUUUAGAAGUCUCGAAGAAAGGAAAAAACAGCACCAAGAAGGCCUCUAUCUGAGUGACACUUUGCCUCGAAAGAAAACCACACCUUCCAUAUCCCCUCAUUUCAGCAGUGCUACUAUGGGGAGAAGCACCGCCCCAAAGGGCCACCUGCCCCUGGGACAGAGCAACAGCUGUGGCAGCGUGCUUCCCCACUCGCUGGCAACCAUGACCAAAGACUCAGAAUCUCGGAGGAUGCUCAGAGGAUAUAAUCACCAACAGAUGAGUGAAGGACAAAGGCAGAAGUCUUCUGAAUUUUACAGCCGCACAGCAUCUGAAUCAAAUGUCUACUUGAACAGUUUCCACUACCCAGAUCACAGCUACAAGGACCAGGCCUUUGAUACUCUGAGCCUAGACAGCUCUGACAGCAUGGAGACAAGCAUCUCUGCCUGCUCACCUGACAAUAUCUCUAGUGCCAGCACUUCAAAUAUUGCCCGAAUAGAAGAAAUGGAGAGACUUUUGAAGCAGGCUCAUGCAGAGAAGACAAGGCUUCUUGAAUCCAGGGAACGGGAAAUGGAAGCCAAGAAACGAGCUCUGGAAGAAGAAAAACGACGCCGAGAACUCCUGGAAAAACGAUUGCAGGAAGAAACCAGCCAGAGGCAGAAGUUAAUUGAAAAGGAAGUAAAAAUAAGGGAGAAACAAAGGGCACAGGCUCGACCUCUGACCCGUUAUCUGCCUAUCCGGAAGGAAGACUUUGAUUUGCGCAGCCACGUGGAGACUGCUGGCCACAAUAUUGAUACCUGUUAUCAUGUGUCAAUCACAGAGAAGACCUGCAGAGGAUUCCUCAUCAAAAUGGGUGGAAAAAUUAAAACUUGGAAAAAACGUUGGUUUGUUUUUGAUCGGAACAAGCGCACCUUCUCUUAUUAUGCAGACAAGCAUGAAGCUAAAUUAAAAGGAGUAAUAUACUUUCAAGCCAUUGAAGAAGUAUAUUAUGAUCACCUCAAGAAUGCUAAUAAGAGUCCUAAUCCAUUACUCACCUUUAGUGUCAAGACGCAUGACAGAAUCUACUAUAUGGUGGCCCCAUCGCCAGAAGCCAUGCGGAUCUGGAUGGAUGUUAUAGUUACUGGGGCGGAAGGUUACACUCACUUCUUGUUGUAGUGAACUAACGCCAAUAGUCCACUUCAGGGCAGACUGCAAUAAUUUCUUACAAGAAUAAAGCCAUAUUCAACACCAGGUGGAAAGACCCAACAGACCCAUCCCUUUAACUAUGGAUACUCAGAACUGUUUUCAUAUAAACAGGAAGUCAUUUGUAAAAGGGAAAGAAGGGAUUUUAAUUCAAAGAUUGAGCGUAAAUAACUCAAAGCUUGAUCAUAAAUAGCAAAGAAUUGAAGCGCCUAGGAGAAAGAAAAUACUAUUUUGGUAAAUAGCAUCACUUAUAGGAACAUUUCUUAUAAAUUCUUUUUUAUCAAUUGUUGAUUUUGGUGAAAUAAACUAAACCGUUUACAAAUGUCUAUAUGUACUUGGAAAAUAUGAAAUUAUUUUAGCACCCAAAUCAUUGGCAUUGACUUUACUGGUAAUCAACUGACUUUUUUGAAAAAGGAGUAUUUUGCUGAAUGUUAUUUUAUAAAUAUAAGCAAAUAAGGGCUUGGAAGGGAAUAUAUUGUACGAGGAGUUUGGCCCUACUUUUAAAGUACUACACCAAAACCAAAGACUUGAUAUCACCUCCGUUUAACAGUAGUAGUUUCAAGUGAUGAACUGCAGUUAGUGUUAUUCUACAUUUUAAAAUGGUACUUUGAUGCCAACAAGUGCCCAGGAAGUUGACUUUGAAGAAUCACCACCAGCAUAAGCUACUGUACAUAUAUAGCAAACUACACUUUGUGAAAGAAGAACAGAAAGCUGUGUGUUUUUGGAAGAAGCAGUCUUAGACAUUCUGUCACAUUGGGCAAUUUAAAAUAAAGAGAAUACUUAGGAGCUAUUUUGAUGAAGAUUUCUCCAUUCCCAGUACUGAGAAUAAAGGCAACCAGUAGCCGAUUUUCUUUAUAGUAUCUGAUUUCUCUUUGCUGCAGCCUCACAUGACAUAACUAUGAAAUACAGCUGUUUUCACCAAAGAACAGACCAAUUAAAAUCCUUAUUUACAGAAGUAUUGUGAUUCCAUUAAAAGGCAAAUGAAGUUCAA